AUGGCAACGGCCUCAUCCUCUUCCAGUCUGUCGUCGCCGGCUUCUUUUGUAACCGCGCAUGACGUUGCUCUCGACAAAUCUACGGCCGCCAGUAGCCCCGUACAAGACAACCCUUGUCCCUAUCGCGACGGGCGACAAUUGCCCCGCGACUUGAAGUCGCAUUGCCAGAUUCUCCUUGAGGAACAACUUUAUACCUCCGCGAUUAGUCUCCUCAACAGCAUUGCCGCAUCAGGCGUAUCGAAACGCAAAUCCACAAAGAAGCCCGUCCUUAUACCUCCUCCAACUCACCUCGCCCUCAUCAGCACUCUUGCGGUCCACCCUCUUCUCACUACGCGCGCAGAGAAGAAGAACCAGCUUGACGUAUCCUCCUACGCCUUGGAUUAUUUGCGCAAUAUCCUCAACCUUGUUGGUCCUGUCAACGCCGAUUUUAGAACAGCCUUUCAGUUCAGUUGUGUGCCGCGCGGGGCCCGCCGAUGGGAUCAAAACGCACAUGUAAACGAUAGCGACAUGUCUGAUGUAGAUUCGAACGGUGAAGACGAACGGCUUCAAGGCAAGCUUGCAAACGAUGGCAGUGUAUGGAAUCGUGGGCAGGACUUUUGGUCGACCAUUGGCUGGGCGUUUAACUGCAGCACAUUAUAUCCAGCAAGAUGGCGCUAUUGGAGAGCUUGGUUGGAAUUCAUGUUGGAAGUCUUGGAGGCUGACUGGAACGAACGCGAGCGACGCGAUAAGGAAGCACAGCAAGCAAACGGUCCAGAGAGUGAAAUGCCCCGGACGUCACGUGAGGAUUCCAUCAUUGUCAUGUAUAUGAAACAGCAAAACGGCAGUCAAAACGGAGCCAGAGGAUUUAUCAAAGCCUUGUUCGCAGACGGAAGCGAAAUAUCGUCAUUGGCGUAUCGGGAGGUAUUCGACAAAGAGCCCAAAGGCCCACGCAAAGAGUCUAAGAAACGAAAGCGGGAGCAAGUGCUCGACCUGGAGAACGAUAAAUUCGGCGACUAUUUCGAUGAUGAAUCCAUGUCUUCAGGUGUUUCUGAACCACCCACCCCUCAAAAACCCAAGGAUUCGCGAAAGCUAGGGACUGCUGGAGUGCAUGCGUCGGGUUUUGUCGAGUCGGUCAACAUACGCCUUCGCCUUUUCAGUUUACUAUCGGCAGUAACAUGGUCACUGCAAAAAUUGGCCGAUCUCAAUCGCUUAUACGAAGAGUAUUGUGCAUCCCUGAAACGUUUACCCCUUUCCAUGUUUUCUCUUUUUACUUGCCAACGACCAAACAUCCUUGUCUCUGAAGCACGCAUUACCAUUACCAAGGAGUUAUUUGACUUGUUACUGCCAUCAUCCUACAAACACCCUUCCAAAGUUGACAAGGAGGGCGAGGCAAAGGGGGCGUUGACCUUAGCUAUGUUGGAGCAUUGUUAUGUCAGCCAUCCAGCCAACACUGUAGCGCUGGACGAUAACGCAAAACUAUCUCUGGUUGUAGAAGACGCUAUACAGCUGCUAUGGGCAUGCGAUUUGAUGGAGUACUCAGAAGAUUUUGCAAAAGCUGUCGAGAAGGGCAUCAAGGCUCGGGAAACAAAAGCAAAGAAGCGGCGCACUGGGAAAAUGAAGGGCGAUGAAACCGAUGUCGUUGCGCAAGAGGUUCUUGGCAAUUCUGGCGAAAGAAUCCGGAUCUUGCUUGAAGCAUUGAAGCUUGACCAAGAAGAGGCGCCAUGA